AGACGACCACUUUAGUUGCGGGCAAACUAGUCCCAAGAAAACAGUUUGCAUUUAAACGUAAACGGAAACAGUUCGCUGGGUGUCUCGAUACAAUAGCGACGGUUGAAAUUUUACGCGCGGGCAAAAUUAUUUUUUAAAGCAAGAAAACAAAAGUGUCAAAACACACAAAAAUAGUGGCGUUUCUUGGUGGAUUAUAAUUUGCAUCGCAAAUCAAAAAAAAUAAAAACAAGAGAAAUAAAUCUCAUCGAAUCAUAAAAAAUAUCCGUCAGUUUUUGUUCUUUGUGCGAGAGAUCAUAAUUUAAAUCAAUGAACUUCCUGCUAAUCACCACCACCUGCCUAUUGGCGAUAUGCUGUACACAAAUAGGGGCUCAAGAUGACUAUUGCUUUGGCAAGGAUACCAUGAGACCUCAGACACGUCAUUUUACCUCCAAGACAGCCUAUCAAAUUGCUAAGAGUACCAAUAUGGAUAAACAGUAUUUGGUGCCUGGAUGUACGCCCCAAAAGAUAUGGAUUCUACAUAGACACGGUACCAGACUGCCAUCGAAGAGUACCAUACAAAAGGCUCCACGUUUGGAGCAGUUGCGUGAUGCAAUUGCCGAUAACUAUCGCGUUAAGGCCGAACUGCCUGACAAUGCCUUGUGCAAUGAGGAUUUGAUAGCCAUCAAAAUGUGGAAAUGGAAUGCCAGCAUUACCCCUGAUAUGGAAAAUUAUUUGACUGGACAAGGCUACGAAGAUCUGCGCGGCACUGCCAAAACAUAUCAAAAAUAUUAUCCCGAAGUUUUAGUCAAGGAUUAUAGCAGCGACUAUUACAAAUUCCGUCACACUGAUCUACAACGUACAACUGAAAGUUUCAAGGCCUUCGCUGAGGGUUUAUUCGGCCCCAACAAUGCUGCUAAAUCUGAUGAUAUUCCCGAAAAAGAUUUACUUUUACGUCCCUAUGACUACUGCCAAUCAUGGAGCAGUCAAAACUUCAAAGGUGCAGGUUCCGAAUCGGCCAAGUUCCGCAAUUUGCCCAUUUGGAAUCAGACAAUGUAUGAUAUAUCAAGACGUUUGGGCUUUAAAUAUACUUUGGAAACAGAAGAUAUCGAAUUGAUGUACGAUAUGUGUCGUUAUGAGCAGGCUUGGCAGGUGGAUCGUACUAGUGUGUGGUGUGCGGCCUUCACUGCUGACCAAGUCACCGUUUUUGAAUAUGAAGAUGACUUGAAGUACUACUACAAAUCUGGCUAUGGUUUCGAGGCUAAUUCCCGCCUAAACUGUCGCGCUGCUCAGGAUAUGAUCACCCAUUUGGGCAGCAAUUCAAUGCCCAAUGUUGUCACCUACUUCGGACAUUCCACCGGCGUUCAGACGCUCCUAAAUACCUUGGGCAUUGAUAAGGACGAAGUACCUCUGUUGGCCAGCAACUUCAAUGAUCAAAAGGAUCGCAAAUGGGCAACAUCGCGUAUUGAUCCUUUUGCUUCCAAUUUUCUAGCUGUCAAAUAUCAUUGUGAUGCCGAGACCGUCAACAAGGAGAAGGUUAUAUUUUUCGUCAAUCAAGAUGCUGUCGACUUGAGCUGGUGCAAAGUGGGUCUGUGCAAUUGGUCCGAUGUUUUGGAUCGCUACAGCAAUCUGAUAGAUGCCAAUUGUGAUUCGUAUUAUUGCGGUGAUGGUGCCACCGCUGUCAGUGUUUCAUUGGGAGCCCUCCUGAUGACUGCCAUUGUUUACUUAAUAAAUGUAAUGUAGGUGCACGGCUAUGAAGAGAAAGCUGCCUGGUAGCUGCGCUUAAAUGUAUAUUUUAAAGUCUUUAGUUCUAUUCUUAAAACAAAAAGAGAUAAACUAACAAAAAAAAAACCAAAAAAAAAAAAA